UGACAUUGGAAUAAUUGAAAUCAUAGUGAUGAUGCUGUUACUCUUAUAAAUAACACAUUCUUAUUAAUUGAUAGAAAAACAUUGAAUUUGUAUUCUGUUGUGGCUCCGAGGAGGUAAACAUUGAAAUAAUUUUAAAAAACCCAACAACUUUUAUCAGUUGGUUUUGUCUGGUAGCUGCUCGAAAGAACACCAUUAAAAUGGCGUCGCAGACAGUAGACAACGUAAUAGCAACUGUGAUGACAAUGGGAUUUGAUUUAGGUGAUUGUCAAGAAGCAGUCCAAUAUGGUAAAAUAACAGUUGAAGAAAUUGUAGAAUGGAUAUUGGCAGGAAAACCAGGACUAGCAGCCUUGCCAUCUCAACCGCCCAGACUUCAUUUAGGCAGACAGACUAAUACCGAUUCAAAUCAGCUGAGUCUUUCGUCCAAUCCUUUUGUUGCACCAAUUCCGCUUCAAGACACAAUCAGUAGUAGUCCUGCUAAAACAUCUCGUGAUUUAACAUCAGAUAAUCUAGUUGUCAGUCGACAUCAUUUGACUGAUGAUAAACGUAGAGAUAAAGAAUUGUUUGAAGAGAAGCGGAGAGAAGAAGCUAAAAAGAAAGCUAGAGAUGAGAAAAUUGCACAAAGAAAGGAAAAGGAGAGAAUAUUACAACAAAUAGCUGAAGAUAGAGAUACCAAGUUAAAGAAAGAGAACAAACAUGUAGAAAAAUCCCCCUCUUCUUCUUCCCAAUCCCCCUCCACCUCAUCUAAUAGUUCUUCUACCUGUACUUCAACACCUGUAAAUACUCAAUCUCUAUCAGCACAACACAAAUGUACAUUACAGAUAAGAUUACCAGACGGUCGAUGUUUAAGGAAGAUGUUUGAAUAUACCUCAACGUUGAAUGAUGUCUGGGAUUAUGUAUAUACCGAAUUUAAAGCACUCAAUAAUAUGACUUUUAUGCAGCCAUUUCCACGUCAAGAGUUCAGUAAAGAAGACAUGAAGAGAACAGUAGAAGAUCUGGGAUUAACACCAACUGGUAGUUUAGUACUAAAGCCAGCGACUGUAGCAGAACAAUCAGUGUCUGAUUCCAUGGAAGACAACAGCACCGACGAAAUAUCUGAAAAUGAACCAAUGGAAGAAGAGGAAUCUAUUAGAUCAAGAUUACGCCCAAGACAUCAAUGGGGUCAAGGUCAUCGUUUGGAAGGUGAAGGAGAAAUUGUAGACGCCAUGGAGAUACCUGAUGAUGACCGUGAAGAAGAUAUUGUUCAAUUUGCACAAAAUAAUCUUCCUCAAGGACAGUUUCCAGGAAUGCCUUUUCUCAAUAUGGAUGAAUUGAAUCAACCGUUUGGUGGUCACGGUCAAAGAUUAUUACCACAGGGUCAUCCAGAUGCUGAUGUAGUCCAGAACAGACCAGCUGCUCAAGUAGCAGCGGAGGCAGCCUUACAAAGAUCUCAGCAUCCAAUGCCAGUAGCAGAAAAUAUACAAGAUGUACAUGAACUAUUAAAGCCAGUCAGAUCUUUAUUAAACCUCGUCUUUCAUCAUCUUGCUGAACGUAUCAAUGAUCCGAAAUCUCCCCUGUUGUCCCUGUCCGGUAUUUCUGAAGAUUUGGCGCUGAAAUUAGUUUCUUAUUUGCAAGAUAAAGAAAUGUUGAAACCGAAAACAUUAAGAGCUUUUAUUCCUUGUUAUUUAAGAAAGCUUGUUUUAGAUUGUUAUCCCCUAACAACCAAUGAAUUACUACAGGCAGUUAGGUUACACAGUAAUUUGAGUGUGUUGAGUUUAAAUUCAUGUCCACUUAUAACAGAUACUGGUUUACAAUCAAUAUCAGGUAUGAAGAGGUUAAAAGUUUUAAACCUAGGUUCCUGUAAACAACUCACCAAUAAGUGCCUUCUUGUUAUGAAAGCUUUACCAAGCCUUCAAUCAUUAAAUUUGACGAAAACCAGUGUAAAUGAUAAUGGUAUUACUACGCAUGUUAUACCUCAUUGUGUACGCCUACAACAUUUAAACUUAAACAGUACUAGUGUUACACAUGCAUUUAUCCCUCCACUUAAAGCUUUAGUAGAAUUAAAAUCUCUUCAGUUAGAAGACACUAAGGUAUGUAGUUUAUCUGGUAUACAGUACAUAACAACAUUACAGCAGUUAAAUCUAUCUAAUACAGAUAUUUUUAACGACGCGUUGUUAUGUUUGGCACAACUGCCCAGUUUAACAUCACUAAAUAUAUCUGGUACAGAAAGAGUUAAUGGUGAUUUAGGUCUUCAGUACCUAGCAGGUUUAAAAUUACAGAAUUUAAUGUUACCUAGUCGACAUUCUACAACAGAUCAAGGCAUGACAUUCAUAACUGGGUUUCCAUUGGUAGUUUUAGAUUUAACAAAUUAUAUCAAUAUUGGUGAUGAAGGUGUCCGCCAUAUCGGAAAAAUUCAUAGUUUAAAGAAACUUUUACUGAGCAAUACAAAAACUGGUGAUGCAGGUUUAAUCAGUUUGAAAGGUUUAGUGAAUCUAGAAGUAUUAUAUUUAGAUAGAACCAGUGUCACAGAUGAAGGUACCCGCAUUAUUAAAGAAUUCAAGAAAUUAAAUGAAUUAAGUUUAGCAGCUACACAAAUUACUAGUGAUAUUCUAGCAGAAGGGAUAUUAAACCAAUGUUAUUUAACUAAAGUCAACCUGAGUAAAAAUAAAAUCACAGAGACAGGUGUAGUGUGCUUAAGAUCUAAAAGUUUACAAUUGUUGAAUUUAAGUGAUAUUCAUAUCAAAGAAAGGGAGAUAACUAACAUGAGAAAAAUUUUACAAGAGAAUUGUCCAGCAUUGAUCAGUUUAACAAUCAGUUCUAUCAAUAGAGUAGUAGAAGAGGAACCAAUGGUUAUAUAGAUUUGUCUGUCAAGUGUUUUACCUACUGAUCAAGACUAUCAAACCUGGAUUUCAAUGUGAUUUGCUGUCUUUUUAAUUGUCACAAAUUCAUUUAAUAUAUUUCAUUCUGAUAUGCAGAAGUGGUACUGUCAAAAUAAAUAUCUUUUUUGGAAAAAUAGGUAUUUUUGAAUGCAUUUUAUGGCCAUUUUGAAUAUUUAUUAUCCAAUAUAUAUAAAUCAUUGAAUAAACUGUGUACUUGUAUAAGAAAGUGGAUUCUAAUGAUAGUAGUAGACCAAUUCAAAACUUUACUAUAUCAUUGCGGCAUGAUUAAAAGUUAAAAAUGUGAUGAAGUAUUUUGAUGGUGUACUUGUCUUUAAAUGGCAUUUAAAGAUUGUUUGUUAUUGGUUUGGAUUAUUAGAUCCCAAGAAUCACACAAAACUGAACAUAAUUUUGAUUAAGAAUUUGUACAACAUACUAUUUAAGCUGUACGAAGUACAAUUUGUUUGUUAUGUCUAAAGAAAAAUACAACCAAAAUUUUAACUGUGUAUACAAAAGUAGAAAUAAAAAAUGAAAAAUAGGUAUAUAAAGUACAAUUUAGAUUGUGAACUAGUUUAAAAAUACCAUUAAAAUAGGUGCUUUUGUAUGCUUUAGUUAAGAUAUUUGUAAUACAGAAGUACAAUUUGUGAAUCACAUCAUAUGUGUAGCCUAUGUAUAGAAAAGUGGAAUAUUUUAGAAGUUGUAAGCUAUGAAAAGAAAAGCACAAUUAAAAUUCUGAACUACACAUAUAUAUAUACAACUACAAAUGUAAUAUAGCAGAUAAGUUCACAUCCUCUAGGCAUUUAUAAGGACGGGUAUUAUAAAUAUUUUACUGAGUCAGAAUUCCUCUGGUGUUGGGUCUGAUACCAGUGGUAAUAUUCAUGGACAGGAGAAAGGGGAGGUCUACCAUUUACCUCAGUACCUCACACGCUAAACAAUAAACUGUGAUAUGUAAUCCAAUAUACUUAAACUCAAAAGUCAAUAUUUGAUUGUAAACCUCAUGUGCCAGACACAACAGGCAAUGUGAGGUAGCCAGGUAAGUGACCCAAUAUCUUGUCUGUCCAGUCUUCUAUUAACAGUACAUGUACUUAAAACUUUUUCAGGACUUGAUCCACACUUGUAUGUACAUGUACUCCGGAUGAUUAUUUAACAUUUAAUAAAGAAAACAAAAUCAAAAUACAAACGCUAGAUAAUGUCCCAGCAUGGAUUCAAUCAUAUUUAAAAACAACUUAUCAAUACAUUUUCACGGGCAACAGGCUUAUUGCAUAGCAAGCAGCAUAGAUCAAUGUAAUUUAUAUUCCAUAUAUCUUUGUAAAUACUAUGGAAUGAACCAUUUUUGGACUGAUAUUCCUAUUAGAGAUUCAUCUUUCACAAUAUUGUAGUUUGCAAGGGAUUCUGUAGCUCUAAAAUAGUGCAUUAUGACUUUAAUUUAUUUUUCAUUAUCCUUAAUCAUAAUAUAAUGAAGUCUCAGUUUAAAUUCUAUGUUAAGAACGAAUAUGCAAUGGUUGUAAAUAUAUUAAUAUUUAAUUAAAUUGUACAAAUCUU